AUGGCGAUUUUAGUCCUUCUGAACCGCGAUCAGGACGUUCCGAGACGUUUAUUUCGCGACAGAAGUAAUCCGCUGGAUUACCUGAGCGAUGAUGCAGUUAUUUCAGACUAUCGCUUAGACAGACGAACAAUUUAUUAUGGUGGUUAUAUGUCGGUAAUCGGUGAAGCACAUGGAGUCAGUAAAAUGACAGUAUCUCGAACAAUUAAAACCUUCACUGGUUUGAUUACCUUGCAUUUGGACAAAUAUAUAACGUUCCCCAUGGAUAUACCGGAACAGCUGAAGGUUAAACGAGAUUUCUACAAUAUCCGUGGAUUUCCGAGUGUCUUAGGAGCUGUAGACGGUACUUUGAUACCCAUUGAAACACCUUCCAUUGAUGAAUACCACUAUGUUUGUCGAAAAGGAUUUCACGCCUUGAACAUCCAAGGAGUGUGUGACGCUAAACUGAAAUUUCUCAAUAUUGUGGCAAAAUGGCCUGGUACAACACACGACUUAUUUAUAUGGACAAAUUGUGGUCUCUCUGCUGCGUUUGAAGACAAAGAAAUAACUGGAGGAUGGUUGCUUGGUGACAGUGGUUACGGCUUACGACCAUGGUUACUAACUUCAAAAUUGAAUCCAAGAACCCCCGCCGACAGAAAGUAUAAUGUCUGUCACAAAUCUACACGCUGUGUAAUUGAACGUGCAUUUGGGUUAUGA